AUGGAUAAAAAAAAUUUUUUUAUAGAAGCACUAGGGAAAUGCAUAAACGAUUUAACACCACAACAAGACAAAAUGUUAUUAUGCUAUAAAAAAGCAAUGUCCAAUCUUAAAAAUUAUAAAGAGCCAUUACCCGAUGUCGAGUCAUUACAGAAAGUUAAAGGUAUUGGGCCAAACACUCAAAGGAAAAUUAAGGAAGUUUUAAGUUCCGAAGACUUUCACAAUUCAGACCCAAAGAGCGUAGCCACCCUUACCGGUGUGGAUUCGAGUCCUAGUACUAUUAUUGGACUUGAUAAAGAGGUCGAUAUUCAUGUUGCUAACAGGAAAGGUACUAGUAAAAAUAAACGCAAAAUAUUGGAGUCUAUUGAAGGAGGAAUGGAGAAGGAAGUUGAUAAUUUUGCUGUUUCUUUGGAUAUUACAAAAAAAAAGAAAAGAAAAGUAUCUAAAAAAAGAAGAUAUGUUCCUUCAAAAAACAGUGGUGGAUAUGCAGUAUUAUUGGCUCUAUUAUCAUUAUUUUUUGAGGCUAAAGAUGGUGCAACGAAAUCAGAGGUGAUAGAUAUAGCUACUAAUUUUUGUUCUUCCUCAUUUAGUAGUAACCCAUCGGCAAAUGAUUUUUAUAAUGCUUGGUCAUGCACAAAAACUUUGGUUAAGCAUGAGUUAGUCCUCGAAUGUAAUGGUAAACGUAAGCCACAAAGGUAUAGAUUAAGCGAAACUGGAUUUGAAUUGGCUUUGAGUAUGAAAAAAAUCGAUAACAUCGUUUUUGAAAACGAGAGUUAUUUUAACAGAAAACUGAGGGCAGAACAAAACACAUAUAAACAAGGAUCCAAAUCUAGCACCAAACGAAAACCAACAUCUAGUGGUUCUAGUACCUCUAGCUUUAGUGAUAUCUCUGAAAAUGACCACGUAAAUGAUAAAUCUGCCAAUACUAGUGAUGAAAUGACAGCCAAUCUAAGUGAUUUAUUGAGUGCCAUACUAAAGAAAAAUACUACUACUACUGCUACUACUUUAGGACAAGUAAAUAAUAAAAAAGCAUGGGAAAAUCCUAUUUCUUUAAAUAGAAACAAUUCAACUGAUUUGGCUAGUUAUACCAAUGGACACACUUACAAUUAUAAAAAGGAAAAUAGACCCCUUUUAAGAAUGAACACAAUAGCUACAGAGACAGUAACUGAGCAUAUAGAUAAUAUUAACGACGGUAGUAUUCUUAUGGAUCACAAUAAUCCACAAAAUAUCCAACCAUUAAAAGGCUUCAAUGAUCAGAUACUGAGAGCAAGGUUCGAAGGCAUUAAUUACCAAUUAUGGGAGCCUGGCUCGUAUGAUAUUGUCUUGUAUAUAGAUCAAAGAGAAAUAAAAGCGCAAAAUCAGCGAGAUUUUUUUUCAAAAGCACUAAGGACGAGAGGUGUGUAUAAUGAAAUUAAAAGUUUGAAUUUGAGUGAUAUGUUGUGGGUAGCAAGGCAUAAAAAAACGGGGGUUGAGUGCUGUUUAAAUUUCAUGAUUGAGCGUAAGAGAUUAGAUGAUUUUGCAUCCAGUGUAAAAGAUAAUAGAUUUCUAGAUCAAAAGCAUAGACUCUUAGAAACUGGGUGUCAAAACAUAUUUUAUUUGGUAGAGGAAACCACUAGCAGACCAUUACAACACAUGGCAGGUGCUUUGAAGACUUCCAUUUGGCAUACAAUUAUAUAUUCAGGGUUUCAUGUGAAACGAACAAGCAAUUCAGAUGAUACUGUAGCUUGGCUAGUUAGUUUGCAUAAAACAAUAGUAACAUAUUAUCAAGACAAAAAAAUUUUGAUGUUAUCCCCAAAAAGUUUUUCCAAAAAAAAUGAAUAUAGGGAAACUUUAAAUAAAUUCAGGAAUCAAUUCGAACGAAAAAACAGUAAUAUUGAGUGCUGUCACAAGUUCGAGCAUUUCCAAGAGGUUUUAGGUAAGUCUUCUCUAUUAACUGUAAAAGAGCUGUAUUUAAGGUGUCUAUUGGCAGUCAAGGGGGUUUCGUUAGAUAAAGCUUUAGCUAUUCAAUCAGAAUUUCCCACAUUAAAAUCGUUAUUAAUGGCUUAUAGAUGUUGUAAAACUGAGUUGGAAGCCAGCAGGUUAAUUAUGGAUGUUUUAAAGGAUAUGCCUGGUAAUAAAAAAAUUGGAAAAUCUUUAUCAAAUAUUAUAUAUAAAACGUUUGGAGAACAAUAA